UGUUUACAUACUAUUAUAAAAACUAUUGAAUAAUGUGCCAAACCCAAUACAUCAUAAUAUUACUGUAAAUUACACUGUGAAAUUUAAUUACGACACUGAGCAUCUAUUUUCAUUCACUCAUUGAGUCAGAAUGCCCCGCAGCCACAGGGUGCCGCUGUUUGACACGUUACAGGCUGGUUUUCUUCACUAGUUACAUGUCUCAUUAGACGCCUGCUUGUCUGUUUGUCUGUCUGUCUGGAGAUGAAACUGUGGAGACUCAGCUCCAACUUGCUCUGGAUUUAUCUACUUGGCAGACUUUGGAUAUAGCAUCACAUCUCCAGACACAGAUUAUAUUUCCUUCUGCAGUUUCAGGAAAACUUCACUGUGUCCUUUCCUGGGUUUGUGGAAGGAGUGGUGAGAAAAAACUUAAGUGUGUGUGAGUGUCUUGUUUAAGUGAAUGAAGAUUGUGUUUGCAUGUGUGUGUGUGUGUGUGUGUGUGUGUGUGUUGAUCCACUGUAGCAGCAUGUUGCCACCUGUGAGGAAGGACCGAAUCAUUACACAGCUACCAAAGUGUUUUAGUCCAAAUGCAGCGCUGCACACCAAAGAUGGCUUCCACCCACAGGUGAAGGCCGCCUGUCAGGUACAAAAGACUGGCACAGUAAGGUUCUGUAAGGGCGCAUUUGAUAAGAACUACAAAGCGACCAUAGGGGUGGAUUUUGAGAUGGAGCGUUUCGAGGUGCUCGGUGUUCCCUUCAGUUUACAGCUGUGGGACACAGCAGGUCAGGAGCGGUUCAAGUGCAUCGCUUCCACCUAUUACAGAGGAGCACAAGCCAUUAUAGUGGUGUUUGACUUAAGCAGUGUGGGCUCACUAGCACAUGCCAGGCAGUGGCUAGAGGAUGCUAUGAAGGAAAAUGACCCAUCCAGUGUUUUACUGUUCCUUGUCGGUACCAAGAAGGACCUCAGUUCUCCUGAUCAGUUGGCUCAGAUUGAGCGGGAAGCCAUCAGACUCUCGGAGGAAAUCAAAGCAGAGUACUGGGCUGUAUCUGCAAAGUCAGGAGACGGCAUCAGGGAUUUCUUCUUCCGUGUGGCGUCUCUGACUUUUGAGGCCAACGUUUUGUCUGAGCUCGAGAAAAGUGGGUCGAGGCACGUCGGUGACAUUAUCAGGAUCACAGACAGCACAGAAGCAGAUCAUGUGCCAACCAAGAGGAAAUCCAACUGCUGCUGAUGAGAGCUGAGAGAGUGAAACUGUACCGACUCCACAGCAGCACAACACAACACAACACAACACAACACAACACAACACAACACAACACAACACAACACAACACAACACAACACAACACAACACAACACAACACGGUGAACAGGAAGAUUAAACUGAAAUAUGGACUCAGCAUGCUCAGUGUAAACAUCAUGAAUAAAGCACAUAAAAAAAAAAAA